AUGCCAUCUCGACUACCUCCGCCUCCGUCUCCGUCUCCAUCUCCACAGCCACAGCCACCUGACCAGCACCAAAUCCGCCUUGCUCCUCCGCUAGCGGUUGCUUUCUCUUUCCUCAUAGCCCUAACCCUCUGCUUCCGCAAGUUUACAACACGAAAACGCACCGCCCCUUCCGACUCUAAACCUCCGCACAAGUUUUCCUAUACGGCUCUCAGCCACGCUACCUCUUCCUUCUCCCCCUCAAACCGCCUCGGUCAAGGCGGUUUCGGUUCCGUUUACCGUGGAACCCUAAUUAAUAGCCAGGUCCAGGAUGUUGCCGUUAAGGUCAUGGACGCCGGUUCUCUCCAAGGCGAGCGCGAAUUUCAGAACGAGCUCUUCUUUGCCGGAAAAAUCGAUUCUGAUCGUAUCCUCGCCGUUGUUGGUUUUUCUUCCGAUAGGAGACGACGGCGAAUGGUGCUUGUUUACGAGCUCAUGAAUAACGGAAGCUUACAAGAUUGCUUGUUUCAUCGCAAGUCUCCGGAGCUAAAGGAGUGGAAAAAGCGGCUGUCGGUUGCAAUUGAUAUCGCUAAAGCUAGGUUAAAACCAGAAGACGAAUGUCGAGUUGACUUGAAUAUUAAGAUCGAGGAAGGGAAAAAGGUAGGUAAUUCAAUAAUCGAGGAUAACGGAUCAGUCUUCGAGGAGACUGAGAGUCUGGCAACCACCACAGUCUGUGAAGAGUUUAGUAUAGUUCCGGAUCAGUCACCUGAAAGUUUUGUUACAGCUCCGAUUGCUGAGACAUCACCAGAGACGUUCAUCCAAUCGCCAAAAACAGGUCCGGCAGGUGAUGUGAGUUUCUCAGAGGGAAAUCUCGAUGUCAUAAGCCUGGAGAGCGGUGGUGCUACUUCGAAGAAAAGCAGGACAAGAAAGACGAGUAUGUCAGGGAAGGAUUGGUGGUGGAAACAAGACAACAGCAUGUCUGAAUCAGGACGUGUAAAGGAUUACGUGAUGGAAUGGAUUGGGAGUGAAAUAAAAAAAGAGAGACCAAAAACCGAAUGGAUCACAGCCGGAGCUUCAUCCAGUGCAACUCAAACAGGAAAAUCAGAGAAGAAGAAGCCAAAGAAGAACAAAAAGCGACUCGAUUGGUGGAUGUCAUUGGAUGAAGACAAGAACGUGAAGAAACAGAAAAGAAGACCAGCCAGGGAAUGGUGGAAGGAGGAAUACAGUGAAGAACUCGCAAGAAAGAAAAAGAAGAACAAGAAGAAACAGAGAAACGAAUCCAUCAAUACUGAUAGCAUUUCAAAAGACGAUGAAAUGUACAUGGACAGAAAGAAGAGGAGCAGAAGCAGAAGCAGAGGUAGCAGAGGCAGUGUUGAUUGGUGGUUGGAUGGAUUCAGCGGUGAACUCUGGCGGCAACGCCACACCAGUCAUGACUCAGUAAGCGGUGAGAUACCGAAAAGCGGCGGCAUUAGCAGUACACCAAGCAUGAGGGGAACCGUGUGUUAUGUUGCCCCUGAGUAUUCAUGUGGUGGUGAUUUAUCAGAAAAGUGUGAUGUUUAUAGCUUUGGGGUUCUCCUGUUGGUUGUGAUUGCUGGAAGGAGGCCAUUACAAGUGACUGGAUCCCCAAUGUCAGAAUUUCAACGGGCAAAUCUUUUAUCAUGGGCACGUCAUCUUGCACGAGCAGGGAAGCUUCUUGAUCUUGUGGAUCAAUCUGUUCAUAGUUUAGAUAAGGAUGAAGCUUUAGUUUGUAUUAAAGUUGCACUUCUUUGCCUACAAAAAUCGCCUGCAUUUCGGCCUUCUAUGAAAGAAGUAGUCGCUAUGCUCUCUGGGGAUCUAGAGCCACCACCUUUACCUGUGGAAUAUUCCCCCUCUCCCCCUUCUCGUUUCAAGUCCCAUAGGAAACUCCGCUGA